AUGGGUUUAGCAGAAGAAGUAUUGGAGCUAGAAGCCGCUGUAAGGCGGGAAAAAGCAUGUCCUGAGAUUUUAAUGUACGAAAGCGACCUUAUAGAGAGCCUAAUUGGACAGGUUGAAUCACGAGAAAAAGCUCUAACAAAUCCCAUUUAAAUUAAAACAAAAAUCCUUUAAGGGGGGUUAUUUUCUUUAAAAAAAAUCAUAUUUAAGUUUUCUUCUAGAAAUAAAUUGAGUACUGUACUUUAAAUUUAAUUUAUUUUUAAAAAGAUAUAAUUAAAUAAAGUAAUCGAUUUAGAAUCAAACUGACUGAAUAAAAUUCUACUUGCACUUUUUCUAUCAAACUAGCCAAAUUAAUUUUAUAAAUAUUUAGUGCUUUUUACUUUUAAUUGCUUUAAAAAAAAAUAUUUUAAAUAAAAUGUGCACAAUAGUUUAAUUUUAAUUUAUUUUUAUGGAAUAAAUAAUCGAUUUAGUGCGGAAACUGUUUAAAUAAUUUCUACAUUAAUUUUCGUUAUUAAACUAGAUAAAAUAAUUUACAAAAACAAGUAUUUUCUAUUGAAAAAUAAAUUUUGUUUUUAAAGAGGGUUUAAAGUACAAAAAAAUGCUAAUUUAAAAUGUUUUGUUCAAUUUUAAAGGAUGGGAGUAAGAAUAGAUCCUAUAACUCCAGAAGAGCAAUUUCGAGGUUUACUCUACCAAAUGGACCUAGACCGCGUUAAAUAUUUACUUUCAAGCUAUUUAAGGUCAAGAUUAGUAAAAAUUCAAGCCUAUGCUUUAUGAGUCGUACGACAAGAUGAUGUUAAUUUUUUAUCUCCACAAGAAAUCGAUUUUUUAACAAAAUAUUAUUCAAUAAAAACAAAUCACUUUAAAAAGACGUUUUUGCUGGGUUUGCCGAACGAUCUCAGGUCACUCGAAUCACGAAAGGGGCAGAGAGUGAUUGAAGUAAGCCCACAGCUUGAUAAGCAUGUAUUUAUUAAAGUAAUUGACGAUGUGGGAAGAGUCCAGACUGAAAAUUCUGCUGAUAUAUAUUUAGAAAAAGGGGAUAUUUUCUUUAUUCCAUACAAUUUGGUAAAGCCACUGAUAACUGAAGAAAGGAAAAUUGAUUUAGUCUAA